GCAACUUCAUCCACCUCCGUCCUACUCAACCGCCCCCCUCGCGCGACUCCCGCAAUACCGCCAUCAUGUCUUGGUUCGGCGUCGUCCCCUUCAAGAAGUUCCCGGCUCCUUUCCUGAAGCCUUACUGGCCUUUCUUUGCCGCCGGCCUGGUUAUUGCCUAUGGCGCCAACUCUGCCCAGAACGCCAUGAUGGCCUCCGACGAGUGGAAGAACGACCCUCGCAACCCCAACGCCAAGACUGCGGGCAACAAGGCUCACUAAAUCGCAUAAAAAGGGAAAAAAUGGAUUGCGAAGGAAACAGGUGGAGGAAGGGAUAUAUACUCGGACGACUCGAGAGCAUGCGGCGUGAUAGUCUCGCUGCACUGUAUCAUAGACUCGCAUUCAGGGCUGAAUAGACCUUUGUGAAGAAC